AUGGACGGCGAGAGCGAGGUGGAUGUUUCCAGCCGCGGCGUCACCCCUUUGUGGCGGAGACGCUCGACCCCUCCGCCCCAGCUGCCGGGCCGGAGCAAGCCGCGGCCGCAGUCCUACCAGAGCCCGAGCGGGCUGCUGAUCACCGACUUUCCGGUGGAGGACCGAGCCUCGCCGGCGCUGCACGCGCUCUCCCCGGACGGCGGGACGGUGCCCAGGAGCCCCCAGCUCGUGUGCGCACGGCGCCGGCCGGUGACCAAUGGUCGCACGGUGUCCCCAGACCGCAGAGCCGCCUCGCCUCGCCUCCGACGGCCCAGGCCCCCCCAGGGCCCCCAAGCGGCGGCGGGCGGUUCCCCGAAGUCCCCCGGGAACGGUUCGGUGGCCUCGCAGGCGGCGCUGCUGCCGAGCGCCCCGCGGACUUCCGACGCUCCCGCCCCCGGCGGCCCCGGGGAGGACCGCGCCGGGGCGGCUGCCAGCCGGGUGCCUUCGCCCACUGCCAACGGUCUUGGCCCUAAAACCGACCCCUCAGGCUCAGCUUCGCAGACCGGUCAGACAGCCGGGGACCUCGAGCGGGGCGUCUUGAGAGUCUCCCCUGCACCCCAGCACAGGUCUUCAGAGCAAAAGCUGGCCCUCCAAAGGCUGUCCUCCCAGGGGAUCGAGCUCCCCGAAAACCCUUCGGUGGUUUUGAGUACCAACAGCCCCGCCGCUCUCAAAGUGGGAAAGCAGCAGAUCAUCCCCAAAAGCCUGGCCUCGGAAAUUAAGCUGAGUAAAUCCAACAAUCAGAACGCGGAGCUCCACCGGCGGCUCUUCAAGGUGCGCAGCAUGGUGGAGGGCCUUGGAGCGCCGCUGGCCCACGCGGGGGAAGACAGCGAGGCGGACAACGACGUGGACAGCCCCGGCUCUCUUCGGCGAGGCUUGCGGUCCACAUCCUACAGAAGGGCAGUGGUCAGUGGCUUUGACUUUGACAGUCCCACCAGCUCAAAGAAGAAGAACAGGAUGUCCCAGCCUCCGCUGAAGGCAGUGAUGGAAGACAAGGAGAAGUUCUCUAGCCUGGGACGGAUGAAGAAGAAAAUGCUGAAAGGACAAGGGACAUUUGAUGGGGAAGAAAAUGCAGUCCUGUAUCAAAACUACAAGGAAAAGGCCCUUGACAUUGACUCUGAUGAAGAAUCAGAGCCCAAAGAGCAGAAGCCGGAGGAGAAAAUUGUGAUUCACCAUAAGCCGCUGAGAUCCACAUGGAGCCAACUCUCUGUGGUAAAAAGAAAUGGGCUGUCCCAGACAAUGAGCCAGGAGGAAAGAAAGAGACAGGAGGCAAUCUUUGAAGUCAUAUCCUCUGAGCAUUCCUACUUACACAGCUUGGAAAUCUUGAUACGAAUGUUUAAGGACUCUAAAGAACUGAGUGACACAAUGACUAAAACCGAGAGGCAUCACCUUUUCUCCAAUAUCACAGAUGUCUGUGAGGCAAGCAAAAAAUUCUUUACAGAGUUGGAAGCAAGACAUCAGAAUAAUAUCUUCAUAGAUGAUAUAAGUGACAUUGUGGAAAAGCACACAGCAUCCACAUUUGAUCCCUAUGUGAAAUACUGCACCAAUGAAGUCUACCAACAAAGAACACUACAGAAAUUGUUAGCCACCAAUCCCUCUUUUAAGGAAGUCUUGUCACGGAUUGAGUCCCACGAAGACUGUAGGAACUUACCCAUGAUCUCUUUUCUCAUUCUCCCCAUGCAGAGAGUGACCCGCCUUCCCCUGCUGAUGGAUACUAUCUGUCAGAAAACACCCAAGGACUCUCCAAAGUACGAAGUCUGUAAAAGGGCCUUAAAGGAAGUCGGCAAGUUGGUCCGUCUGUGCAAUGAAGGAGCCCGGAAGAUGGAAAGGACUGAGUUGAUGUAUACAAUUAACUCCCAGCUGGAAUUUAAGAUUAAGCCUUUUCCGCUCGUCUCUUCUUCCCGAUGGUUAGUGAAAAGAGGUGAGUUGACGGCCUACGUGGAAGACACAGUGCUGUUCUCAAAGAGGACGUCCAAACAGCAAGUCUACUUCUUCCUCUUCAAUGACGUGCUCAUUAUCACCAAGAAGAAGAGCGAAGAAAGUUACAACGUCAAUGAUUAUUCCUUGAGGGAUCAGCUAUUGGUGGAAGCUUGUGACAAUGAAGAACUCAAUUCUUCUCCAGGGAGGAACACUUCCACAAUGCUUUAUUCGAGGCAGAGUUCUACCACUCACCUCUUUACACUGACCGUCCUCAGUAACCACGCCAAUGAGAAGGUGGAGAUGCUGCUAGGGGCUGAGACACAGAGUGAGCGAGCCAGAUGGAUCACAGCCCUGGGACACAGCAGCAGCGGGAAACAGCCACCAGACCGAACCUCUCUGACCCAGGUGGAAAUCAUUAGGUCCUUUACUGCCAAACAGCCAGAUGAACUCUCCCUGCAGGUGGCGGACGUGGUCCUCAUCCAUCAGCGCGUUGGCGACGGCUGGUAUGAGGGGGAACGACUUCGAGAUGGAGAAAGGGGCUGGUUUCCAAUGGAAUGUGCAAAGGAGAUAACAUGUCAAGCUACCAUUGAUAAGAAUGUGGAGCGGAUGGGACGCCUGCUGGGACUGGAGACCAACGUGUAACCUCUCAGAUGGCCUUUUCUUACUGUGAGCUUUGCAUGACAGAACCACGGGCUGGUUUUUACUGUUAAUUUCGUCCCAGUCUACUUAACUAAAACACUUGCCUGUAAGCUUGCCAAGUUGUUCUGCACUCUUGAGAGAACAGCUAAAAGAUAGUUCAAGAAGCUUGGGUUUUGCAUAAUGAUCUUAUGAAAAGCCCUUUGGAUCCACUGAGCACAGACUACUUCAGGGACGGGAACAGACUGGGCUUCCUCCUUUCACUGUGUCUGGCACAAAAAUGUAUGUAAGACACUGUAGUUUGGUUUCUUUGUCCUCAUUUCACCCAAAACGUUGCCCUUGCCCCUUAAAAAUCUUUGUAUGAGUUCUACAGCAUCAGCAAGUUUGUGUUAAAGGAUGCCCGGUAGUGUAAAUAUUCAUGUUUUAGUCUAAUGCUGUUAAUUUCAGAAAGAACUGACAGAGUCCAGUGGGCAGUCAUGUUUUUCUAAAGCUCUUUCUACGAAAGGGAAAUUGACACUUGAACUUUGGCACCACUUUCUUCAUUAGAAGGAAAGUGAUGAGCCUUCCAUUUAGGGUUUUAAAAAAUCCAUCUUAUUCAUUGGUCUUCUCUAACUAUAGCCUAAAAAACCUCAGCUACUUAAAAGUACACAGGAUGUAGAUAGUCCGCAUGUGAGACCUCCCUGAACACAGGAUAUGGGUCAACUGAUAAAAGCUGACGUGAGUUGCUUUGCCUUCAAGUCGUGCUUCCUGACUUUUUCUAACAAUCUCAAGGAAGAGAAAAUUAAGUUAAAUGGGACCAAGGUGGUAUCAAGACACCAACAUGGUAGCUGCUCGAAAUAUUUUGACCUUAAUAGGACUCCAUUCUGGUGGCACUAAAGGCCCUGAUCACUGGGUCUUAACUGUGAGUUCCUACAUAAGAUUAUUAUUCUACAAAAAAAAAAAAAAAAAGUUUAAUGGAAUUCAUUAAAAGGUAGUGAAGGCUUUGAAGACUGGGGGGAACAAUUAUUGGCCGCUGUAACCCUUCUCCAUUCUCUUCCAGAUAAAAUCUAAAAUACACAUUCUCAGAGGGUCGGGUCUCUGUGCCAUGCUCCUGUCUGCCAAGCAGCACCCAAACCAUAAGGUUCCAGAAGCCCAGCACUAAGUGUUCUUGGUUUUCCCCUCUGCCUCCUUCCACCUCAGUGCAAAGCCAGGGAUCCUGAGGGCUUCUCACCUUUGGGUUAUUUUCCUUUCACCUGUGCAUGUAUUCUCCUUGCAAAAGACAUUCCAGGCCUUGAGUUCUUUGAGGUAUGAGUAAGUAUUCGAAUGAAGCAAUAGCAGUGACCCACAACAAGAGAUGUCCCAAGACUAAAAUGGGAAAUCUGUCUCCUCUUCAGUCAUGUCACAGGCUUUUUAGAGGAAAGGCUAACAAGGUGUAAUUUAAUCUAAUGCCAUGUUUUAUUUAGGAAGGAAAGUAAACACGCUGCUUGCAAGAGGAAUCAAUAUUUUUGCUAAUACCCACUUGGAGCUAGAAAGUAACUAUGAAUCCUGUGAAUUAAUUUAUAAGUGUUCAACAGUUUAGAUAUAUGUGCAUCUCAUAAAUCAAAGCCUUAUUAGGAAACAGAAUAAUACUGUUUAAAUAAUCACAAUACAGCAGGUAUUUAACACAUUCACAGUGUUUCAUUUCCACUGUGAAUUGUUAACAUGGCACAGUAUUUUUUAAAACCUAGCUUUUUUUUUUUACUGCCUUCUCUGAAUUGUAGUGAUUUCACUUGUGCAAAACAGAAAUGUUAUUUUUGUUCGAAUAAAUUGAGGCUCUUGUACACUUUCAACAAAAUUUGUGAAUUUAUAAAAAUAUUGUAUAUACUUA